AGCACCUCGUCCCCAGUGGAGCCCGGACCAAACUCCUCCCUCGCUCCGCCGGCGCGGUAUCCUCCACCUCCCCUCGCGUCUUGGGUGGAGGCCCGGGCUCGAAAAAUCUCGAUUGCCCUUCCUGCUCCUAAACGUCGCUUCACGCGGGAUUCGACACUGAUGAGGCUCCUCAUGUCCAAGAAGCGGCACAGGCUGCGCUGCCGCCGGCGAAUCCGAGACCGUGGACCGGUUGCUUUGGUGGCUAAAAGAAAGAGGCUGCGCUGCCAGCAAGAUGAUGACUAUCAUGUUGACAGAGGAAUAUCUUGUCCCGAGCUUCCAGAGGAUAUCUUGCGGCAUAUUCAUGCCAAAAUGACACUUAGAGAUGCUGCUCGUGCUGCUUGCGCAUCGCACACAUUCCGACACAACUGGAUAUGCCGCCCCAACCUUACAUUCAGUCUGGGAACACUAGGCUUGAAUAGAAAUGCGUCUAGGGAUGUAAUAACAAGAGACCUUAUCAGCAAGAUUGACCUGAUUAUGCAAAAUCACUCAGGCAUCGGCGUGAAGACACUAGACAUUGAUCUCUAUAGUUGUGACAACAUCGACUUCGCCUAUCUUGAUAGUUGGCUUCGUAUUGCUGUUACUCCAGGGAUUGAAGAACUGAUCCUGACGCUGCCUCUACCCAUCAUUGUUUUCGAGAAUGCUCUACCCAUCAUUUCAGUGUAUAACUUCCCUUGUUCACUAUUAUCUAACGGGAGUGGAAACUCAAUUCAAUAUCUCAACCUAUGUUACUGUACCUUGCGUCCCACGACUGGUCUUGGUUGCCUAAGAAGCCUGACAAUUAUGGUGUCUCCUUUCCAAUUCUCCCGCUUUGGUGUGCUUGAAACUCCUGCACUGCGAGGAGAUAAUUUCCUUGAAGAUACCUUCUAUGCUGCAGCGUCUCCAUUUUCUAGAGGUGGCCUAUUGCGAUAGGCUGCAGGUGGUAGAGAGCAAUGCUCCAAAUCUCACCACCUUUUACUUCGCAGGUUUGGUAGGUCAAAUCUCACUUGGGGGCUCACUGCAAGUGAAAACCCUAUACAUGAUAUGCUUCCGCCAGACCAACAUUGUCUGUUAUGCUCGGCAAAAUCUUUUGUCUAUUGCGCCAAAUGUUGAAACACUUACCAUAUCAUC